GGUCCAGCCCCUCCGAAUCUGAAAAGCAUCACAGGAGCCUCUGGAUAAAGACCAGCCUCAGUAGCAAGGCUAGGAGAGAGGAUUUCUGCUCAGUGAUAAAAUAUGAAGCAGAUGUGAGGAAGCAGCAUGGAGCUCAAGAGAGGAAAAACCUUCAUAAAAUCCAGUGUGCAACAUGAGAAAGCACCGUCAGUGCAUAUGAUUCCUAUAAAGGGAUACCAGAGUGAAGUUGAACUCCAACAGGCAUGUUUGGCCACACACAAGAAUUACAGAUUUUCUAGCAGAGCAGCAAGGAAUGGGGCUGGUGAAAACAGCUCAGAAAAAUCAUCUGGGUCUUCCUACAAACUUGUAAGGAAGAGUAAAACCCAUGACUGUGUUACUGAGGCAGACAAAACAGAGCAGUGUAGCCCCAGCAACAGAGCUUGUGAGGAAGGUUUCUCUGGAAAGGGUAGGGGGCGACUUGUCAAUAGCAUCAGCUUUUCAGGAGUGUCCAAUUCCAGCAGUAAGAAGGAGUGUGCGGUCAGUCCCAGCCCGUCUGCAUGCAACAGUCAGCAGAUGAUAGAUUACAGGAACUUUGUGCCACAGAUGCCUUUUGUACCAGCUGUUGCAAAAACCAUUCCCAGGAAGAGGAUUUCCCUCAAGAGAUCUAAGAAAGGGCUCAGAGAUAUAUUUCAUAUAAAAAAGAAUAAACCAGAGAGCCUCACAUUCUUGGCUGAGAAGGACAAGAAUCUGUCCUCUCCAGGCUGCAAAAGUGAGUUGUCUGGGCGCCUUGCAAAGUAUCUUUUCAAAACUGGAGAAACAUCUGCAGCUGAUUGCUUGUCACAAGACUGCUCAGACAGCGAGCUGCAGUCCGACUCUUCCUACGACUGCUGCAAUACUCUGUGUGAAGACGUUGCCUCGCUGAAGAGCUUUGACUCCCUCACUGGCUGUGGGGAAAUCUUUGCUGAUGAGAGCUCUGCUCAGGUGGAGCUGGAGAACAGCAAAGAAGUUCUGGUGAGACGAGUCAAGCACAAAGAAAGCCCCAUCAUGGGCUCUUUCCAAGGGGGGGUGGAGCAGCUGGCCUCUCCUGGCCAGAAUGAGACAGUUGAAUUUGCAAAGUUUUGGGACAGCAUCAACAAGUCAGUGAGGUUACAUCAGAGCGCUCUAUUUGAUAAGAAGUUACUGACGAUACCCAGUCCUGAUGUGGAAAAGGCUAAAAGCCAGGCUGCUGCAUCUGUGCCAGACCCCCAAGUGUCUCCUGAUAAAGAUGGUGACAAUUCCAAAGAAAGCUCCAUAGAAACAGGAACACCAAAAAGUGACAAUCAGGAAUCCACAUCCACAAGUGAUGAAGGCUAUUAUGAUUCAUUCUCUCCUGGACAAGAUGAUGAAAUGAAGGAAGCUCAGACCCCUGGCAUCCCCAGUAAAUUUCCAAGAGACAGCUACAGUGGGGAUGCUCUUUAUGAGCUCUUCUAUGACCCAAAUGAAGUGAAAAUAAACCCAGUCCUAGAUGACGACUUGUGCACGUCUGAAAGCAUUUCAGAACAAGCCAUUGAAAUCCCUUUGUCCAUUUACAGCUUUCAUGUUGGAGCUGAGGAAAACAUGGCUUCCCAACCAGCUGUAGACAUUAUCAGCCAGGGUUUUUUCCACAGCACGUGGAAAGGUAAAGAAUGUUUGCUAAAGCUCUGUGAUACUGAACUUUCAUUGACUAUGGGGAUAAUAAACUGGCUGCGAAAACACUCAGGGCUUGUUUCCUCCCCAGACUCUCUUAACAGUCCUCAGUCACAGCUAGAAAAGUGUGAUGAUACAAUAAACUCUCCCAACCCCAGCUCAGACCAGAAAGUGAGCGCAGAAGCUCAGCAGGAGAAACAAAGCACGAGAGAACCUAAGACAUGUAACCUACAGGUGUCUUUGGAUGAAAGCAAAGAGGGAACCCAAGCCUGUUCAGUAAAUGCUGCUGAAAGAGACCACAGCCUAGACUCUUACCUUAACACUUCUAUUUUGGAUAUCCAAGAAAGGGAAGAGAAUCACCACAAGGAUUCAUCUGCAAUGCCUGGGACUGUAGAAGCCACCAGAGCAUCAAGUUACGCACCACAAUCACAGGCUAACAGAGACAAUCUGCAGGCAUCAUCAGUUGAGAAUGAGAAGAUGACAGUUUCAAAAGGAUGUGAGAACCUUGGAGAAAAAAACCCAUCGACAGAAAGUUUGAGCAGAGAGACUGACUUCCAGAGCUCUGAAAACCCUUUAUUAAAUGAUAAUCUUGAAGUAGAAUCAUGUUAUUCCUACAAGACUGCUGCAACCUCACCCCCAGACCCCCUGGACAGGGAGGAUGGAAAUAAAUCCAUGUAUCAUUCUCUAUCUAUAACCCGUGACAAGCCAGUGCAGCCUCUUACUCUGAGACACUUUCAGAGCUACAUCAGCCCUGCUCCAAGGGAGAGCAGCACUAACAUAGUGCAGCUCUUGGAGCGCUGUGUAACCCAAGUGGCAUCCUUAAAAAUCAGCUAUGAAAACAAGCACCUGGAAGACAAAUGCAUUGGAAAUGAAAUGAACAAUAUCAUUUGUAAGAUGUCACAGUACCAGAACAAGUUACUGUUGCACAAUGAAUGCAACUGCGUUGCCCAAAAGUCGGAGUACUCCAGUCUCCCUCGCACAAACCAAUACAAUUACGAAACAAGUCUCAGAGCCAGCAGCAGGUAUCAUUUGAAGCAAAAGGGGGAGCAAAUUUGCUCUCAAGAUCAGAGAAGUAGAGCAAGAAUCCUAGAUGAGGUCACUAGAAGCAAGAUAAAUUUUGAAUAUGCCCAGCUAAAUAACCAAGCCCUUUCCUAUUUAAAAGACUUCACACUUGAUCUCAGUCCAAGUGAUUCUGCCCCUACUACAGCUCUUAGUAGGCCAACUUUUUUACCUCUCUUCAACUCUGUCUGCUCAGACAUACCGGCUAACUUUUCACAAGCUUCAUACAGCACCAACGUAUCUCUGGCGAAACCACUGCAGCCUAAAGAGGCCAAGCAAGGCAACCCCGGGGUGUGGAGUUACGCAGAAGCCCCCUGCAAAGGACUGGCUGGAGGGAGCGCUCUGCCCUCGCAUCCAGAGCCAGCUGCCCCCGACAUAGCAGUGGCAGGGAGGAACCAUCAAUAACAUGCUCGCAUUGAGAAGGUGCAACACUGAAGAAUCCACCUGUAAAUACGGAUGCUUCCCCCUCAUAUGUUAUACAGCAUGACGUUACAUCGACGCCAGACUCAACAAGGAUUUCCCUCUGGAGACCCUGCCAGAGGUGUCACAGUGGAAAAUCAUGCUAGUCUGUCUAAUUGACUAAUAGGGUUAGGAGUUCAUGACAACUUCACACUCCUGAAACUCUGUUUGCAAAUCAGUCAUAACUAACAUUUUUUUUUUUGAAAAAGAAACUUGAAUAAGAUUUUGAAGAAAGUUGUGCCAUGACAAGGUUUAACAAAAGACAUAUAGCGCAUUUCUGUCAUAUUGUGCCACCUGGCAACUGAAAAUGCCACUGUAGUUUUAAAAUACAGGUAUGUGCAGAAUAAGCAUUCACUUGGAUAGUUAUUAUGAGGAGAAAAAAUUAUUUUCAAUUGUAUUAAUUUUUCUUGAAUUUUACAGAAAUAUUUUAUAUAUUUUAUUGCAACUGUUUAAUCAUCUUAAAGUCAAUAAGAUUCUAGAGUACAGAUUACAUUAGUAUCACACGAUUUACUGCCUGGGGAAAGGAAUUUUGUAAAUAUGCAAAUAAAAAUAUGAGGAAGCAUAAUAUAUUAUGCCCUAUAUUGUCCACAGACAUGCAUUUAUCAUGUAGCAGAAAUGAUGAACAGGAUAAAGAGGUGUACUUGAAAAUGCCUUUCAAAAAGUUAAGUUACUUGAUUCUUCUUUAAAGGACAGAAAAUAUGUUGCUUUUAUCUCAGAUAGUGGCUCUCUUAAUCUUAUAAUACAGAUCUUAUUUUCUAAUUUAGAAACCAGUCUCAAAAUAUCAGGUGAUACCAGUGACACACUGGUAACCCAUUUUUUCAUUUUUUAUAAAAGAGAGUUUAGAGUCAGUUUAACAGAACAGUCAUUAUUUUCACACCCAACUCUAAUCUGGUCUUGAUCAUUUAAAACUCUGGAGGUAAAUCAAAAUCCUGCACUCUGUAGGUGGAACUAAAUCAUCAAAUGGUCCCGUUUGGCCUUAGUAUGUUUGAAGAGAUUGUGACAAUUCUCCUGAUCUUGUAUCCUGCCUCAGACAAUAUUUGACACAUGCUGUCUCAGGGCAAAGUGGAAAAAGGACCUAUGAGGCUGGGGAAUGAAGCAGGGAAAAGUAAUUCCUUCCUGACUCCACAGUGAGCGCACACCUUGAUACAGAGAAGGGCACCCUUAGCUCCCACUUACUUCUAAAAUUCACUGAGGUUGAGGAGGGAGGAAUUAAUCUUAUCUGGCUUUAGCCACCUAGGUAACUGUCUAUACCUUGCCUAUCGUCAACAGAAGACAAAUAGCUGCAGAGGCUGAUGAAUCACUUUAUGCUCGGCUUUCUCUACUGACAAUGGAAGGCUCCUAGACAAAAAUCUUAGAUUAGAUGCCCAAUUUUUUGAUGUCUAAAGUCAGAUGAUUUCUGCCUUAAAUAAUUCAGAAUGGUGAGAAUAGAUAACCACAAUACGUGACUGAUGUCUACAUUUUGCAGAAUCUGGAGUUAUUGAAAAAAAGCAUAAUGUGUCAAGACUGGGAUGCUGUAAAAUGAAGUCACAUGCACUAGAUACUGCACUUUCUCAAUACUACUCUGCAAUUACCCCUAAGAGAGGUUAUCUCUCCAGUGCUGCAAGACUGCCAAGUCAUCUUUCCGAAUACGGUCAAUUUAUCAGAGUAAGUAUCUCCGUAAACUAUAGAUUAGAGAUGCCCAGGACCUUCUUCCAUGGCACAAAAAUACACCUCUGAAGACUGUUAAGAAUUGCCAUUUAGAAUAUGAAAGCUUGAAAUUCCAAGCAGUUUAUCAUACAGGCAUUCUUUGCUGAAACAUGAAGAGACACAUGAUAUUUGGGCUAGUAAAAUAAUAAUAAAUAUAGGGCUUAACAUUCCAGUAACAAAAAAGGGGCUGUACAAAACUAGUUGUUCCUCAAACAAGUGAUCCCUUUCCCUUCAAAAUUACUACACUUAGCCUUGUUAUCUUCACCACCUUCAUUCACCAACUCUCUUUGUAAUAAUAGCAGCUGAGGCACAGAGCCUCAGGAGAGCACAGAGGCAGAAUUUCUCAACCCAGUAGCACGCUGCACAUCUCUGCCUUGGAUUUCAAAAUGAGAAACCAACAGCACGGAGAAAAAGAAUGGUAACAGAAGGAAAAAAGUCAGUUUGCUCCUGCAUAGCAUGGUUCCUCUACAGCUCUAAAACUGCUUUUCAAAGGUGACAGUAUUGCUUUUGCUGUUUUACAGAGGCACAGAGCAACAAAUGACUCGUCUAACCUUUCUUAUCUUUUUAACUGAUGCCUUCUUUCCCCUGCUGUUGCUUUUCUCCCUUUAAGUCCUAUUCACCUGUCAGAUCUAUGCAGUCCCUGCCACUGCUUACCUUACAGUUACUCAGAUCUGCUCUCUGCCCUUCGUGCCCAGUGCAAAUAGCUUCCCCUCUGUAGGGCUUUUUCUUCUGCUCUCCUCACUGACCUUAAAGCUAGGCUCAGUGGCACUAUCUCUGUCUGGCCAGCGAUUGCCCUUGUGAUACAAGUCAUAAGGAACCAGUGCGGACAGGGAAGUCGAACUUUUACUCCUCUUAUGUAGGUCUUGCAUUAACAUACAUAUCCCAUGGUUUCACACGCACACUUGCUCUCUGGGGGGCGAGAUAGAUUUAUGAGCCACCUGCAGUGUUUGAGUUUAUGGACGCAUUUAGUUCAAGUAACAAGCGCGCUCUGAGAUUCAGAGGUCCUGGGUUCAAUCCAUGCUGCCAAAAGAACAACUGGGGAUCUGCAUUACACAUGACGGAAAAAAUGCCUGUGGGUAGUCUAUUCUGGUUCUCCCUAUGGAGUUGCAUGAAUGCCAGUGCAAUGUCGGGGGAAGCUCAAAAAUCUUCAUGGCUGAAUCAUUCUUCAUUUGAACAACCGAAGGAAAAUCUACCUUCUCAAGAUCAAAAUGAAUCAGGUACUUACCAGGUCUGGCUGCAAACUGGUUCAGGGGAGGAUCUUUAAACAGGUUGUAUGUCGUGAGCCAUAUUUUCUCAGUCAGGAAAGGAAACUGUGUUGCUGAAAUUAACUCAUCUAACAUGAAAGCUCAUUUCAUAUGUAGUGUGUAACUGUGAGAACAAGUUCCUUCAGCCUGCUUCCAGCCUAACAUACUAUCACUUUCCUCUGGUGUUAGAUGGCUUUUAAACGGAUAAUAUGUAUACAGAAAAUUAAGAUAAAUGAUGAAAACUUCUGUACAGAUUUUUGUGGCUAUGAAAUUUCAGUUUCUAUGAAACAGAUCAUGUAUUUCUUGUGCUGCUUUUGCAAGAAUGGAAGCUGUGACAAGCUGUGCGCACAUAUAAGAUCAGAAUCAUAAUUAGAAUAAAGAACAACACCUUAUGUGCUAAAGACAGCCUCCAAAGAGGAAGAGAAGAAUUUCCUAUCUCAUGGUUUACUACAAUGUACAAAGGUGUUCUGAAAAGGAUUAUUUUUAAAAAAUCUAUUUUCUGCUAUGGACAUCAAGCCCUGAUAUUCCUUCUUUUAAUGUAGAAUUUACUGGAAUCUCAGAGGUGUUUUGGGAACUUCCAGAACAUAGACUGAAAUUUCAAGUAUGAAGCAUCAGGUACCUGAGUACACUUAUAAAAACCCACUGGCUGCUGCGAAUGGAGCGAGCGCUCAGCACCUUACAUAACUGGAGUGUAUUUAAUCCAAAACUAAUAAAAAUGGCAGGAAAAAAUGUAGGCAAAAACAUCAGACAUAUAUACAGUCAAGUAAGUGUUCCUUCCAAGAGCAGAGUAUUACAAUGGACUUUGGGCAUUCCACUCAAAUAUGAAUGAUAUGAACUUAGCAGAAAGUCCGAGAGUAAUAUUUUGCUUCACAUACAGUGCUCAUUGUUCUGAGUAGGGAAGAGUGUUUGAUGAAAAGAUAUUGUAAACAUCCAUGCUUUGCAGCAAACACACAGGAAGCACAGCAAAGCUGCAGUUAAACUGGAGGAUAUUUAAAAGUGUUACAUAUUCCAAUUUCCACUUAAUGAAAGGGAUAAAGACCAGUGACACUUUCAGAGAGGAAAAUAUACACAUGCACAGUGCGCAGGUAUGUGCACCCAAAAAAAGGGUUCUUGCAAACUUACUGAGAUCAAGAAUGGAGAGGAAAUCUGAAGCAUGUACUGUUUAAAAAUGUGAGUAACAGAUUAACAAAAUUUUCAGUACACAUGAUUUAUGUAAUUAAGAUACAUGCAUUUAUUAUAUAUGUAAUUAAGAUACAUGCAUUUAUAUGCUGUUUAACAUAUUUUGUUAACUAUUUUUCAUAUACGUCGUAUCUGAUAUAUAUAUGCUUUAUGUAUUA